AUGGACUCAAUUCCGUUGCGUAUCGACAUUGGAAGGGUCUCCGCACAUCUCAACCCAGACCUGGCUAUCGGGCUCGCGACUCAACUGCCACCAACAACAGACACCUUCAAAGAAAACCCAAAAUUCUUGAAUAUAGUGCAAGAAGUGUGCUCAAAAUAUGCCCAUGAAGAUCCUGAUGCCAAAUCCCAAGCGCAGGUCAUGGUGUCUGUGGCUGGAGCGAAUCUGAACUCAGGUGGCGUGUUAUUAACCGGCCAGCGCGGGAGACGUCGUGGAGCCGACUCGGCCAGUGGCGCUAGUGGUCAAGGUGGUGCAGGCUCGGGUGGACGUGGUGGUUGGAUUCAUGUCUCCGACAACAGACGGCCACCUGACUAUGGGCGGAUUGCUUGGCCCGAGGAUAUGUUUGGAAGUCUGGAGGUAGAUGCCAAUGGUCAGUUCGUUGGAGACAAUGGUAAUUAUCAGCCAAGUGGUACCUAUCGUAUCCUGACCCGAGAUGGAAUUUUCGGGUUGAGCCCUUUCCUCAGAGAAAAGCUGGUUCAGAAGCUACGAGAGCUUGAGAAGUGA